GAUAGAAUUGUAGUAGCGUUCCGCUGCGCUAUCCUGAACAGGUCUUUUACCGUAAAGCAAAAGGGGCGCCACCCGCCUGCACUCGGGUGCGCCCCGGUUGCACCUUCAUUGUUUUCCUGUUGUGCGAUUCUUCGACACGGGUCUUUCUAUCAUUUCCUUCAGUUCGCUUAUUUCUUUUAAUUUAAAGUUUUCAGGUAUGGGAAAAUCAUCUCAUAAAUCUAGGAAAAGAAGAAGGUCUUCAUCUUCGGACCGGAUUGCGGGUUUAGAGAGAAAGAUGUCACGAUUAAUUGACAUUCUCUCCCAGAGUGAGGUUAGGAGGCCCCAAUGUCCCUCCCCGCAGGUUAGAUUCGGCUCUGCGAUUACGCAGACGAGCCAAGGGUCACGCAUUGAGACAAAGGAGGUCUCUGUUACAAGAUCCUUCUCGGACCCGGAUCUAUUGACUCCUCAGGUGGAGUCAGCGGACCCUCCAGGUGUGUAUGAAUACUGCUGGAUCUGUAUUUGCGAAAUACAGGCGGCAUGACGACACAGCCUUUUUCCUUGUCAUAAUUGCAGACGGUUUAUUGCGUUUUCCAAUGGCAGGUGAGGCAGGUGAGGUGGAGACACUCCCUGCACAGCCUGAUGUCUCUCUCGAAAAUAGUUUGCCACCGCCUAUAGCGGACAUAGCCAAGGACGAUACCGGCUCUCUUGUCAGGCAACUGUUUGGUGAUCGUGAGAAUGAGGAGUUUUCACCCUGGGAGGACAUCGUGAUCCAGACGUGGCAAGACCUGACUCGUGGAGGUUUGGCGACCGAUCAGCGCGAGUUACUUGUAAAGAAAUACGGGUGGCUCCAUACAGAUCGGGAAAUGCCCGAGCCCCUGCGUCUCACACAAGGACGGCGACAAAGAGAUCAGGGGCGAGCACAAGUCGCCGGUCAUACCAAGCCAGAUCUCAGUCGAGGUCGAGGAGGCAUUAAGCGGAGAAGAGAUUUGUUGUCUUUAAAAUAAUGAAGGUGCAACCGGGGCGCACCCGAGUGCAGGCGGGUGGCGCCCCUUUUGCUUUACGGUAAAAGACCUGUUGAGGAUAGCGCAGCGGAACGCUACUACAAUUCUAUCCAUCCGGACGAGACAGCAUAAUUGAAAUCGAACUUCACUGUAAGUUCGUUUAAUUU